AUGGAACAAAGAAGAUCAAACGCAGACCAAUCAUCCAUAGCCAUGGAUCAAAAUCAUAGCCAAGACUCAGAUGAGCCAGCUCAAAAGAGGCGUAAAGUUGACGAUAAUACUAAUGAUGACAUUAAUGAGAAAGGCGUACGAAGAGGUAUGAAUAGAUCGAUAUCACCACCUCCAUUGCGACGGUAUAGGAAGGAAAUCCCUAUUCAGGAGGAAGGCAGUCUGGAGCAUAAGGUGGAAAGUUCUAAGCAGACAUCUUCGAAAAUUACAAAGCAAAAAGUGGUAAAGUCGCCAUUUCAGCUUACAAGUAUCCGAGAUCUACCUGCUUCAUCAAAUGUGGAUACUGUAUCUCUAAAAGACAUUCUGGGUGAUCCUCUGAUAUCAGAAUGCUGGGAGUUCAAUUAUUUACAUAAUCUUGACUUUUUGAUGGGGCAAUUCGAUGAGGAUGUACGGAAUUUGGUCAAGGUUAAUGUGGUUCAUGGCUUUUGGAAGAGAGAAGAUCAAUCCAGGCUCAAUCUCAUGGAGCAAGCUUUGAAGUAUUCCAAUGUCAAACUCCUCACGGCUUACAUGCCUGAAAUGUUUGGGACUCACCAUUCGAAGAUGCUCAUUCUAUUCCGACAUGACUCUACUGCACAAGUCAUCAUUCAUACGGCCAACAUGAUCCCAUUCGAUUGGACAAACAUGACACAAGCUAUGUGGAAAUCUCCUCUUCUCCCUCUUCUCGACCCAGAGAAGCCAAAUCCUAAAGAGUCUGGUCAAAUGGGUUCAGGAUCCAAGUUUAAAAUUGAUCUACUCAAUUACCUAGGAGCUUACCAUACCAAGAGGGCCAUUUGCAAGCCAUUAAUUGAACAACUCUCAAAACAUGAUUUCUCCGAAAUCCGUGCAGCUCUUGUUGCAAGCACCCCAGGAAAACAAGACAUCGAACUCGACUCAACAGAAACAGCAUGGGGAUGGGCGGGCCUAUCGAGCAUCCUCAAGUCCAUACCUUGCAGUAAAACACAACCAGAAAUCGUGGUUCAAAUUUCUUCAAUAGCAUCUUUAGGUCCAACAGAUAAAUGGUUAAACCAAACUUUUUUCAAAGCCUUGAGUACAUCCAAAGAUCCCAGUCCAAAACCAAAAUUCAAAAUCAUUUUUCCAACAGCCGAUGAAAUUAGAAGAAGUAUAAAUGGAUAUUCAUCAGGUAGCGCAAUUCAUACCAAGAUCCUCACGUCGGCUCAAGGGAAACAAUUAGCUUAUCUAAAACCAUUGUUAUGUCAUUGGGCGGGAGACGGUGAACAACAUUCUUCAACAUCACAAACAUCAUCUACUUCGGAGUCGGCUACUUCUUCUAACACCUCCAAUAUCGCCUUAUCACCACAUAUGGCCUCCCCACCCCCACAAAACGCUCAUCGCAAGCGUGCAGCUCCCCACAUAAAGACCUACAUCCGUUUCAGCUCAUCCUCUCACAAAACAAUAGAUUGGAUGUUAGUAACUUCUGCAAAUCUAUCUAAACAAGCAUGGGGUGAAAAUAUCAAUACGGCAGGCGAAGUACGAAUUUGCAGUUACGAGAUUGGAGUAAUAGUUUGGCCUGGACUAUGGGAUGAGGGGAACAAGUCAAAGAUGGUGCCAUGUUUCGGGACAGACAUACCUUCUAGACCUGACGUAACAUCUGAGCUAGAAUCCACAGUAGCAGUUGAAGCAACAAGUGUAACAGCUGAUAAUAACAACAUAAGAGAAAAAGGAAAAGGAAAAGGAAGAGAAGAAAUCGAAAAGAAAAGCGAGAAUGAUACCGAGAAUACAAUACUAAUAGGUGCACGUAUCCCCUACGAUCUUCCUCUAAUCCCGUACACCAAAUCUGAUAUCCCAUGGUGUGCAUCAGCUUCAUAUAGCGAACCGGAUUGGAUGGGAAAUACGUGGAAGGCUUGA